AUGGAGAAAGGGUACCCACUGAAGCAAUCACGUGAAGGAUUGGGUUACAAACAACCCCCGCCAAUCCGUAUCUCCAUUAAAAGGGCACGUUGUAACUACAUUACUGCUAAAGAAGUGUCUACGACGCUUAAUUACAAGCCUUCUGUGUUUGACCGACUUGCGAAACCAACGACCUUAGUCUUUGAUAGGUUGGGAUUGCUGAAGAAGGAAAACAAGCGCCAUGGAAGUAAUGGAAGGAUUGGAGCACCUUUCUCCCUUAAAAGGGAGAUUUUGACCACAGACUACCCAGGUGCUCGUCCUGUGAAGCAAGUACAACGUCGCUUCAGACCUAAACUGGUUCCCUUGAUUGAAACCGAAGUUAACAAUCUUAUUGAGGCUGGUUUUGUUCGUGAAGUUAAAUAUCCUACAUGGAUUUCAAGCAUCGUCCCUGUAAGAAAGAAGAAUGGCCAAAUCCGAGUUUGUGUUGACUUUAGGGACCUAAAUAACGCUUGUCCUAAGGAUGAAUUUCCUCAUCCUAUCCCUGAGCUCAUGAUUGAUGCAACAACUGGAUACGAGGCGAUGUCUUUCAUGGAUGGUUCAUCUAGAUAUAAUCAAAUUCGCAUGUCACCGAAGGACGAAGAACUUACUGCCUUUCACACCCCUAAAGGUAUAUACUGCUACAAGGUAAUGCCUUUUGGUUUGAAGAAUGCUGGUGCUACAUAUCAACGUGCCAUGCAAAAUAUUUUUGAUGACAUGCUUCAUAAAAAUGUGGAGUGUUAUGUUGACGACUUGGUGGUAAAGUCAAGGAAGAAAGAUGAUCACUUGCAAGAUUUGAGGAUGGUAUUUGAACGGCUUCGGAGAUACCAACUCAGAAUGAAUCCGUUGAAGUGCGCUUUUGGAGUUACCUCUGGGAAGUUCCUCGGUUUUAUUGUUCGACAUCGAGGUAUCGAAAUUGAUCAAGAUAAGGUGGAUGCUAUCUUGAAAAUGCCCGAGCCUAAAGAUAUUCAUGAAUUAAAAAGCUUGCAGGUACUGGCAGCCCCCAUACCUGGAAAGCCAUUAAUAUUAUACAUUUCAGCACAGGAAAGGUCAGUAGGAGCGCUUCUCGCUCAAGGAAACAAUGAAGGCAAAGAAAAUGCGCUUUAUUACUUGAGUAGGAUGAUGACGCCAAAUGAGCUCAAGUAUUCGCCUAUUGAGAAGUUAUGUUUGGCACUUGUCUUCUCUAUUCAAAAGCUGAAGCAUUACUUCCAAGCUUACGUUGUGCGACUCGUCUCAAGAGCGAACCCUAUCAAGUUUGUCAUGUCUAAACCAGUCCUAAAUGAUUGGGAGUUGUCUGAUGAAUUUCCUGAUGAAGAUGCAAUGGUCAUAGAAAUUCAACCUCCUUGGAAGAUGUAUUUUGAUGGCGCUGCACAUCGUGAAGAAGCUGGCACUGGAAUAGUGUUUAUCACUUCUCAAGGAGAAGUUUUGCCCUAUUCUUUCACUCUGACACAACGGUGCUCCAAUAAUGUUGUUGAAUAUCAAGCGCUCAUACUUGGGCUUGAAAUGGCUAUGGAUAUCAAACAAUUGCAAUUACAAGUUUUUGGAGAUUCCAAUUGGCUUAGAGAGGUAACUAUUCAACACGUGCCAAGAAAGGAAAAUAAGAGAGCUGAUGCAUUAGCAGCCUUAGCUUCUACAUUAUCUUUGCCUGAUCAGACACAAGUCGCUGUUUGCCAAAGAUGGGUAGUUCCUCCACCAAAUGACUAUGAGGGAGAAAAAAGCGAAGUUGAGCAUAUUGCUUCCGUUCUUGAGGUUGAAAUUGAAGACUGGAGACAACCAUUAAUCGAUUAUCUUUGUUACGGUAUAUUGCCAGAAAAUCCUCUAAGGAAAAUGGAAAUCCGAAGGAGAGCCCCUCGUUUUCUUUAUUACAAGAAUACACUCUACAGACGAUCAUUUGAUGGAGUGCUCCUACGUUAUUUGGGGACUGACGAAUCCCUUCAAGCCUUGCAAGAAGAACACUCUGGAGUAUGUGGUGCGCAUCAAUCUGGGCCAAAACUUCAUUUCCACAUAAAAAGAACGGGGGAUUGGCCAACCAUGGUGAAAGAUUGUUUGGAUUACGCUUGGAGGUGUAAAGCUUGCCAAUUCCAUGCUAACUUCAUACAUCAACCACCUGAAGUAUUACACCCAACUGUUGCUUCUUGGCCAUUUGAUGCUUGGGGUUUGGAUGUUGUUGGUCCAUUGCCAAAGUCUUCUGGUGGACAUCUAUACAUUUUGGCUAACUUCAUCCGAGUCAAUAUUAUCUAUCGAUUUGGCAUUCCGCGAUAUAUAUUGACGCACAAUGGUAAGCCAUUUGAUAACAAGUUGAUGAAUAAAAUAUGUGAUCUUUUUGGCUUCAAGCAACGCAAUUCCUCCAUGUAUUAUGCUGCUGCCAAUGGACUUGCUGAAGCAUUUAACAAGACACUCUGCAACUUGUUGAAAAAGGUUGUUUCUAAGUCUAAGAGAGAUUGGCAUGAAAGGAUGGAAGAAGCUCUUUGGCGUCAAAUCCAAUCGUUGCGGCUUGCCAUUCAAGAAGGACUUACUGAUGAAGAAAAUGCUCGGUUACGCCUUGAAGAAUUGGAAGCUCUUGAUGAAAAGAGGCUAGAAGCUCAACAAAGCCUUGAAUGUUAUCAAGCUCGCUUGUCUCGAUCUUUUAACAAGAGGGUACGCCUUAGAUCUUUCCAAGUGGGUGACCAAGUUCUUGUAGUCAAAAGGCCUAUUAUUACCUCUCGUCGAUCUGGCGGCAAAUUCUCUGCUAAGUGGGAUGGACCAUAUAUCGUACAAGAGGUAUACUCAAGUGGCGCUUACAAGAUAGUUGACUCGGAAGGUUUACGGAUUGGCCCCAUCAACGGGAAAUUCAUGAAGAGAUACUAUCCUUGA